AUGCCUACCAUGAAAGCGCUCCGAUACCAUAAGGACGGGCUGAAAAUCGAUGAUGUUCCGAUUCCUACUCCUGAUCCCAAGGACGUCCUGGUCAAAGUCCACGCCGCAGCGAUUACAGCCGACGAGCUCACAUGGCCGCCGACGCUUGAACGCGAGACUCCGAUCCCAGGACACGAUGUAGCCGGUACCAUCGCCUCGCUCGGCUCCGAAGCUGAAGGCCAUUUCAAGGAAGGCGACAAGGUCUUUGGAGUGACUUGCUUUACUCGAGAUGGUGGAGCAGCGGAGUACAUGGUCGCGAACUACAGGGAGAUCGCGCAUAUGCCGCAGAUGUCGUUUGAGGCGGCGGCGGCGAUCCCUUUGUCAGCGCUGUGGGUGUACCAGGCGUUAAUGGAUCAUGUGCAUGCUCGGUCGGGGCAGAAGGUGCUUAUUACUGGUGCUGGAGGCGGCGUAGGCGUAAUGGCCGUCCAGCUCGCUCGAUCAGCACAACUCCUCGUCUCGGCCACUUGCUCAGCAGACAAGAUCGAGCUCGUCAAGUCGCUCGGCGCUCUGCAGGUAUUCGACUACAACAAGACGACGAUCGAUUACCUGUCCCACGACUACGACCUCGUAAUCGACUGUGUGGGCGGGGACAUCCUCACAAGUUCUUUCAAGCUGCUCAAAGGCGGUGGCCAGCUCAUCAGCGUAGCACGACCGCCGACACUGGACGAGAAGGCAUCCAGACCGGACGUCGAUGCUUCGUGGUUCAUCGUCGAUCCGGACGGCGAGGAGUUGGCGCUUGUGGCAGAGAUGUGCGAUCAAGGCGAGAUCAAGCCGGUGUUGCAGCAAGUACUGCCAUUGGAGGAUGGGGCAAAGGCGUUUGAGAUGCUGGCUAGUGGGCACACGAAAGGCAAGAUUGUUCUCAAAGUCGUUUAG